CGCGCGGCCGCGACCGAGGGGCGCGUUCAAACACGGCGAGGGAAGGAGAAGGGAGAGGACCGGGAUCGGGAUCCGGGAUCGCAGUGCCGCCGGCAUGUGCUGGUACCGGGCUUUUCUCUAAUUCUCCAUGGCAGCAGCACAGGGUCCUGUGACCUGUGAGCCCGACACCCGAGUCCUCGGCACCUACCUCUCCUCGGAGCCCGUAGGCGUCGUCGGCAGCAUGGGCAGCGUGGGCAGCCUGGUGGAGAAGCAGGAUCUGUCCCCCCUGGAGCUGCGGGCCCCGCUGGGGGGGUCACGGGGGCUUCGGCAGCCUGAUGGUUUGCUGCGGAAAGGGCCAAGCCAGCGGGAGCUCUUCAGUUACCUGCACGGGGCCAAGAAGGAGGCACGGUCGGAGCGAAAGCACCAGACAUCAGCUGCCUGCUACAAGCGGGACUACGAGAGUGACCGCGAGAACCGUUCCCCUGAGCGCUGCUCCCGGGAGCAUCACCGUGGAGCUGACUUCUCCAAGAGCUCCCUGCCUGAGCGAGGCCGCUUUGACAAGUGUCGAAUCAGGCCCUCGGCCUUCAAAGCAGUGGCUGGAAAGGGGCUGGUCUCCAUGCAGAGUCUGUCCUCGUCCAAGGGGCAGAAGCUGUCCAAGAGCAAUGGGAGCCUGCACACGCUGCUGUCGCAGAGCAGCACCGUGGCCUCGCAGCAUGGCCCACUCCGCACCCACCUGCUCCAUGCCAUCAGCCUGGAUGAGGCUUCCGAUUCCAGCCACAACUCCAUCCAGAGCUUCCCUUCCUACGGCUCCCGCCUCAAACCUGCCCAGAGCCAGUUCAGCGCCUCCAUGGGCCACAUCAACCACAUCGGGGGCUCACUGGACAGGGUCUCCCGGAGUCCCAGGGACCCGCUGGCCUCUGAGAAGCCACCUUUGUCCUGCAAAAGCAUGGCCACCUUGAGCCGUCUGCAGAGCCCUGGGGAGCCCCCACCACCCUACGAGUUCACCUACUCACUGGAGGAUGCAGUGAAGCAGCUGGAGGACCGGCUGCAGGAGACAGGAGGAGAGCUGCGGCAGCUCAAGAGGAGCCUUAGUGAGACCGAAGACCCCUUCACGCAGGCGUUUGAGGACAAGCAGCGGCUGUGGCUGGAUGAGCUAGAGGAUCUGAAGCAGAUGUACAUGGCCCGGCUGCAGCAGGUGACGCAGCAGGCGCAGCGCGGGCAGCGGGCGCUGCAGCUGCAGCUCUACAAAGCGCAGCAAGAGAAGAAGCGUCUGCAGGAGGAGCUGAACAUGCAGCAGUGCCAGUGUGAGGAGACCAAACUCCGGCAGUCCCAGGGCGAGCGUGUCAGCCCCAAGCUGGAGGAGACCAAGUGGGAGGUGUGCCAAAAGGCAGCAGAGAUCUCCCUACUGAAACAGCAGCUCCGGGACACUCAGGAGGAAAUGGCUCAGAAGCUGGGCGAGAUCUUCAGCCUGAAGACGCAGCUGCGGGAGGCCAAGGCAGAAGUCCAGGCCAGGGACUCGCAGCUGGCACAACUGGCAGACUCCUUCCAGAGCCCCCCGGAGCCUGGCACCUCACUGCCACUGGGUGAUGACCCCAUGCCAGCAUGCCAGGACUUCCCUGGCUGCGAAACUGACGACUCCAAGAGCCGAGGCCUUCACAGCGACACAUCGGAGCCCCUGGAGCGUCAGGUGGAGUGGCUGUGGGCAGAGCUGCUGCGGGAGCGGCGCCAGAGCCAGCUGCAGGCUGUGAACUUUGAGCUGGAAAGGAAAACCUGGCAGGAGGAGAAGGAGAAGGUGCUGAGGUACCAGCGGGAGCUCCAGGCCAGCUACAUGGAGAUGUACCACCGGAGCCAGGCAUUGGAGCGGGAGCUGCGGCAGCUGCGGUCUGAGCCCAGGGACGUCGGGGUCGAUUCGCCAUGGAUCGAGCGGGUGGAGUCCUCCAAGAUCUGAGUGGUGGGAUGCUGGGACUGUGAAAGGGGAAGGUCUCUUGCUGCUGCAAUGGGAUGAUCUCAGGGUCUGCACAAGGACAGGCUGCUUAGCACUGCCUGGGGAGAAGGACUGAUUGCGACAAGGGAGCUUUUCCUUCUUGUAGUACUUCAGACCCUUCUGGGUGGGGGGGGUCAUCUGUGCCAGGGUGGGGAUUUUGCAUGUGCCCCGUGUUCUGACUCCAGGAGCGUUGUCCCUGUGAUUCCUUCUGACACGGGGGCAGAAACCAAACGCCCUGUGAGACAUUCCCUGUCCCUCCUGCUCUGCCACCUCUGUUCGCUACAACCCAGUAACUUAAUGUCUUGCUAAGGAGAGGCUUAAAUCCUCUCCCCAACGCUGCCUUGCUGCAGGGGUUCCAGCUGCUGCUCAGAGUGGCUGCCCUGUUGGCAGGGUGCUGGAGCUGGCAGUGUCCUAUGCCUGCACCAGGCUGUGUUGGUGCCACUAGGAAGGCAGAGGAAAGCCUGACAAAUGCUGGUAGGGGUGGCAGCUGCCCUGGCACCUCUCUUGGGCCUUUCUGUGUCAAUGGAGGGACAGUUAAUGCAGCUUCCCUGCAGGGAACCUGAGAAGGAGUGCCUUGUGCUAAGAGGGAUGGGAACCUUGUGCUCUGCCACAUCAGGAAGCCUCUGGGGAGGGGAAAGAGGACGGGGGAGUGUGGGCAGGGAGCUGAGAUGCUCCCCGUGCUGGGGAAGAGGCUGGGGCAGCCUCACAUCACCCUUCCAAGGGUGGUCGAGGGCUGAGGAACCGGGACAGUGCUGCGGGGUACCAGGUCGAGAGUUGCUGGUGAAGGGGCCCUGCUCUGUAACAUUGGAGCCACGCGAAGGCCGGGCCCAGCCCAGCUCUUUCCUGCAAUAAACCCGGAUUUCAUUCU